UGAAAUUUACAAUACAAAAAAAAAAAUCCGAAAAUAAUACAGAUACAACAAAAAAUUAAGAAAAACAGAUUAAUAAGCACAUGACAUGUGCUUACACACUCCAUGCAAAAAAAGAGAUCCUUUAAUUCUUCCGCAAACUUCUCUUACACUACCAAAGCAUAACUUUUCCAAAAAUAGAUGCGCCUUUGUCUCUCUUUUUCAUAUCUGCAGAAGCUUCGUCGUCUUCGGAUCUAGCAUUUUCUUUUUUUCUCUUCUCCAUUUUCGAUAGUUAAUCCGGAUAAAAACCUGUCUCAACGACAUAUCCAGAGAGGGAAGUUUUAGUUACAGAAGUAUAUUAAAUGAAGACAAUGUCAGGAAGAUCAGAAGACGACACUAAUGGAGUCAUAUCUUCAAAGAUAAUCGUAAAGGAGAGCUCUCAGGUCAAUUCAUCGUCAAGAAUCUAUUACUACGGCGGAGCAUCCGUGCCGUUUUUAUGGGAGACACAACCAGGGACACCAAAACACUCUCUUUUCUCUGAAUCCUUUCGUGUUCCUCCGUUAACGCCACCUCCGUCGUAUUACUCAUCAUCUUCCUCCUCCGGAAACCAUAUGAGUAAAGCGAGAACGAAACAAACUAGAUUCGUGAAGACUCUGUUGUCACGUCACGUGUCGCGUCCUUCGUUUUCUUGGUCGUCUACGUCUUCAUCUUCUUCCUCUUCGUAUUCUUCCUCGUCUCCUCCAUCUAAAGCAGAGCAUCGUCCGAGAAAAUGUUAUUCUUGUUCGAGAUCGUACGUUAAGGAAGACGACGAGGAAGAGAUUGGGUCGUCGUCUCCGACUUCGACGUUGUGUUAUAAAAGAGGGUUUAGUUCAUCUAUGGGAAGUAUGAAAAGAGCUUUGUGUUCUGUUCUUAGCCAUGGAUCUAGUCGUAAAGAUCUUAGAUUGAUGUAAUGGUUUCUCCAUGUUGUUCUUAUUUUGAUUGUUGUUAUGAAAGAAUAGGAUCUUGUGUAUAAGAUCCAUUUUUUCUUUUUCUUUUUUUUGAACUGUUUUGGCUUUUGCCUCUUUGAACACAUAUAUUAGUGUUUGAUUGUGUUCAACUGUUGAAAAAAAGUUUAUUAUGUUUUGAUUAUGUUUCUGUUGCUCACUCUUGUGAUUUUGUGAAUUUUAAUGUUUCGAAUUAAUUUGUGAAAUUUGAAUGGAUCUUUCGGUA